UGUGCACAACAAAACAACAUAUGCAAAAAACAAAACAUGUCCUAUCGUGAUUUACAUAUAUGAGGUUUCUGCACUAGUGUAUUAGCAACUUAUUCGUAAUAUGUGGUUAAUUGUUGACCAUACUCGUAGGUAUCAAGAAGAAUUGUGUAUGAGGUGGUCACUCACUAGUGAUUUUCUAUUUGAAAUUUUUGGUGUGCACGACAAGAUUCUUGUCACAAGAACAAAAAUUAUUAAUUAGCCGAGUUAAUACCCUCCCGUUGCUGUCACAGAAAAUGGAGACAUUGACAGGAAAGUCGCGAAUAAUUGCACUGGUGGACAUGGACUGUUUCUAUGUCCAGGUGGAAGAGAGGGACGACCCUUCCAUUAAGGGAACUCCUGCCGCUGUGGUCCAGUACAAGGCGUAUAAAGGUGGUGCGAUAAUUGCAGUGAAUUAUGAGGCGAGGGCGAAAGGUGUCUCAAGAAAUAUACGGGGGGACGAGGCAAAAGCGUUGUGUCCAGAACUUACCCUAGUCCGUGUUCCAGAAACACGAGGCAAAGCAGAUCUACAAAAGUACAGAGACGCUGGAAGAGAGGUUAUCCAAGUGUUGACGGAUUUCAGUGACUGUGUGGAGCGAGCCUCGAUUGACGAAGCAUAUAUUGAUUUGACGACCGCAGUUGAAGAACGGCUUAAUCACUUUUUAUCAGCGCAAGGGGACCCAACCGCUAGCUGCGAACAGAGCAAUAUAUUAAAAGCGCUGGACAAAGAAGCUUUUACUACUAACUUUGUUAUGGGCUUCGAGUCCACGACAUCAUGGAUGGAUAUGAUGACAGAUAACGAGAUGAUGAUGCCUCUCGAUGACGUAAAAUUGGCCAUUGGCGCAGAGAUUGUUGGAAAGAUGAGAGAGGCUGUGUUUCAAGAGACUGGAUUCCGAUGUUCGGCUGGUAUUGCACAUAAUAAAGUUCUGGCUAAACUUUGUGCUGGAAUAAAUAAACCAAAUAAGCAAACCGUACUACCACAUAGCUCAGUUGCUCAACUAUGGGCUGAAACCAAAAUCAAGAAGGUUAGAAAUCUUGGAGGAAAAUUGGGAGAUUUUUUAGUUGAUACUUUGAAAUGCGAAUUGAUGAGCGACCUUUUGAAGUAUUCGGAGAAAGAGUUACUUAAUCAUUUGGGAAGCAAAGCGGGGUCAUGGAUUUACCACUUAGCACGCGGUUAUGAUACCGAGGCAGUGAAUCCACGUCAACUUCCAAAGUCCAUUGGUUGCAAUAAAAACUUUCUUGGACCAGAAGUUUUAGUCACUAAAGAUAAAGUCAAACAUUGGCUUCAACAGUUGGCAGCAGAAGUCUCUGAAAGAAUCCAAAAGGACUUUGAAAUGAAUAAUAGAAGAGCACGUACAUUAACGUUACAUGUUAGCUUUGAGGAUAAAAACUCACUCUCGAGAUCAUGUCGACUUCACCCUCAAUUUAACUCCGAAAGAAUUAGGUCAGAAGUGUGGGUGAUGAUGGAGAAGUUGUACAAAAGUCUUGGAGUGCUUCCUGUGAAUAUGCUAGGCCUUGUUGCAUCAAAAUUUGAAGACGAAGCUGGCGUAUCGGGAUACUCCAAGAUCAGCAAUUUUUUUGAAAACUGUCCCCGAUCAGAAUCAUCAGCUUCGACAACUUUAAUUAACUCCAACAAAAUUCCGUCUUCUUCUACUACUUUUGUUACUUCUACUGCUGGGACUAGUAAAACCUUGGGGAGCUCUACUAUCGCUAAUAAGAAUAAUAUUGUCGUGGAGAGCAGGGCUUCUACAACUAAAAUGUUGCCGUCCUGCAGUUCAAGCAAUGACAGUUUAGACGCUGUACAACCUGAGAAAACCGACCCUCCUUUUGAACUUAUUUCAACUGCUAUCGCAAAUGAGACAAGUCCACACAAAAAUCCGAAAUCUACACGCUCUCUCGGCCCUGGUGUUGAAUCAUCCCCAAAACUCCAUUUGACCCAAGAAUGUGAACGCUGUGGCAAACAAAUUGCAAUAUGGGAAUAUGUAACCCAUAUGGACUUUCAUGUUGCGAGAGACCUGUCGCGAGAAAUCAACGGGCUAUCACCUUUGGGGUUUGAUGUGCGACCAGAGACUUUAGAGGACAAGGAAAGACAAAAGGACAAGAUUAAUCGAGACAAAAUAGCUCUUCAAAGUCCGGCCAAGAGAGGCUCGAAACGUCCAAGAGGGCGUGGAGGGGGUGGGACGAAAAGAGGUAGACCUGGUACAACAACUGGCUCCCCAAGCAAACCACCCGUGAAAUCUAUUGAUGCAUACUUUAUAAAAAAAAUUAAUUGAGUUUAAGCAGGGCUAUAUAUCUGGAUAUAAUUGAUACAUGAAUGAAUAUUGAAUCGUGAAUGAUGCACAAUUUUAGGCACUAAUUUUUCUGUGAUAUUGUAAUCAGCUGUCGAAAAUUUAUUAUUAUGACGUUAAAACAACAUUUAAAAUUUUGCCAGUUGAGGGUAUAAAUAAUAAAGUCAAAACGUAAAAUCCUUGUA